CGCUACGGGGUCGGGCUGGGCUGGGGCCCGGCAGGGAGCUGGAUUCUGCGCGUCCGCAGCCCCGGGGAACCGACAUGGCCCAUGAGCGUCCCGCCAGCGCCCUGGAGCCCGAGCUCGUCCAGCGGUUGUUGCUCUCCUGCCGGGAGGCCAAGAAGUCCGCCUACUGCCCCUACAGUCACUUCCCCGUGGGGGCCGCGAUCCUCACUCGGGACGGGAGGAUCUUCUCCGGGUGCAACGUAGAGAACAUCUGCUACCCUCUGGGCGUCUGUGCGGAGCGGACCGCGAUCCAGAAGGCCAUCUCAGAAGGACACAGAGAGUUCAGGGCAAUUGCUAUCUCCAGUGACCUGCAAGAUGACUUUAUCUCACCCUGCGGAGCCUGCAGGCAAGUCAUGAGAGAGUUUGGCACCAACUGGUCUGUCUACAUGACCAAGCCGGAUGGCACGUAUGUUGUCAGGACAGUCCUGGAGCUGCUUCCUGCCCCCUUCGGAUCCUUAGGCUGGCAUAAGAUCCAGUGAAGGUCGGAAAAGGCCCACUGCAUGGAAGAGCCUGAGUUUCCACGUGUGCUUAAGGGGACAGCUGCCCGGAGAACUUCACGAAGAUGUUCUCACAGACCUGGGGACAUCUGCCAAACGGGCAGGGCUGGCAGAGAUGGCUUUUCCAAAUUACACUCGAGCACGGCGAUCUUCACUGAAGUGAUAAAGGGUUUCAUUCCGUCCUGGGCCAUCAUCCCUCCUGGCAGCCCACCUUGUCCUUCCCGGGACAGGAGCACCCAUCCCUUCCUUUCCUUCCUGCAGGCCCUCCAUAAAAUUCCAGCCAAGUCUGGACCGCUUCCCCAUCAGCCUUCCCAAGGUUCUAUCCUGUUCUGAGCAACUUUUCUAAUUAUAGACAUCACAGAACACCCGGAUUUGGGAGUGUUCAUUUUGCUCUGUCUCUAUUAUUGUUCACAACUCUAAGAAUGACGGGGUGAUUUGUCUUUAUAGAAAGACCUGGACACUUUCUGCUAGGAGAAAGUGGAACUGCGUACCCUUUGGUAUGGAGAACUGAGUUUUUAGGUGUCUUGCUCCUGCGGAUGGGAGGCCCCUCUGGGUGGGGCCAAACUGCCAAUGGCCAUUUCUGGAGUUUGUUUUGGGCUCAGGGUAGACCUGAGCACCGGACGCUGUCCACCUCUCCACAGUUGUAUCUGAGAGAUUCCCAAGUAUAAAGAAAGGGGAAAGGCAGGAGUUUGUCUAGACAGGGUAAAAAUGUAUCUCUGAAGACCGACCGUGUGCUGAGUACUUUCGCGUGGAUUCUUUUUAUUUAAAGUGCCCAGCAGCUCAGUGAAGUGGGUAUCUCCCCCUUCUUACAGAUGAGGGCACUGGACUUCAGAGAGGUUGAGUGACUUGCUCUAGGACUGUGGCAAAGCUCAGACCCGAACCCAGGUCUCAGAACUCCCACUGUGGUCUAGAAACUGCAUGAUUUUUGCCAUGAGCUGUGCUAAGGUGUGUAACACAUAUGAAGCCUUACAUGAAUCCUCACUCAUCAAGCUCGAAGUACAUUGUCCUCAUUUUACCAAUGAGCAAAUCGAAGCUCAGAGAGGUAAAGUCACUUGCCCAAGGUCACACAGCUAAGAUGCAGCAGAGCUGGAAUUGGAAUCAGGUCUGUUUGAUUCCAAAUGGUUUUUUGUUUUUGUUUUUUUUUUUUCCCAUUCUCCUGUAGCUGAUGUUUGGCUGCCUUUAUAUCUUUUACAUGGCAAAUACUGCAAAGUGAAAGAUGUAUAAGAAAUAGUCUCUGCCCUUGAGGAACUAACUCACAGUCUGACAAGAAGAGAGGUGUAAACAGGUCAAGUGCACAGAAAUACACACUGUGAUCCAGGCAAGUACGAAGUGCAAGGUGGGCACAGUGGAGGUGCCAUGCUGCCUUCUAGGGUGUGAGGAGAGUCAGGAAGGGGACAGUCUCAUUGAUGCAUUGGUUAUCAAACAUGGUCCAUCUGUCUGUCUGUCUUUCUGCCUCUCUCUCUCUCACACACACACACACACACACACACACACAAUUAGGAAGGUGAGGACUGAAUAAGGGAAGGAGCCAGGCUGGCCCUCUAAAAGGAGCCGAUGGCUUUGGGUGUCCUCCCUGGAAGUUGGCCUUGGGACCAGCCUCACUGGUUGGGGUAAAAAGAGAGCAUAGAUUUCCUCUUUCCUAGGCAAGCAAGUUGCUGGGGACACAGGAAGUGGACAGGUAAGUCACCCCUUCCCUGUGAGUCCUUUCUACUCAGAUCCAGAGCACACGUAGCUGUUGCUGUCUGGCUUUUCCACAAUACACCCAGACCUCCCUGCCGCCAUCUUGGGAGGCAGGAAGGAAGGUGGUCCCAAGCAUUGCUGCACAGCACAAAAGUCGACUCUGCCUUUCUUUAGAAAUGGUCGAUGGGGUUCUCAAUGAAGUGGGAUGGGGAAAGAAAAAGCUUGAAAGAAAAUGCACCAAGAUGUUAAUUAACAUCACUUAAAAUUCUGGUCGAUGGGAAUCUCAAUUCGUAUUUGUUUUCUUUGUAUGUAUCUGAAUUUUCUAAAUUUCCAAAACGUUUUUAAAAACUUAACAAGAAAAAAAAUGAGAGAGCACAAUGGGUUUCAACCUUCAGACAGCCUCCUAACUGUGUGGCUUUGGGCAAGUUGUUUGAUUACUCUGAGACUCAAUUUCCUCAUCUACAAGACAAGGAGAUGAUAGUGUCCACCCCAUAGAAUUGUUGUGCAGAUUGAAUGAAAUCAUGAGCCCAGUGGUGGACCCUCAGUAAGCUCUUUUGAUAAAAUCAGUCAUUACUUUUAUUAAAGGUGACAAAUGUUGGGCCUUGGAGGAUGUGAUUUGAUUUUUACCAACAAGCCCAUCUAUCCAUUCCUUUAACAGUUAUUGAUCUGAUGCCUACUGUGUUCUAGGCUGGGGCCAGACCCUGAGAACACAGCAGUGAAUAAGACAGGUAAAAUUCCUGCCCACACAGAGCCCUCAGUCUACCCGUGGGAAAAUGAGAUCUGAAGAUUAUAGUACUUCAUGACAAGUGUCACCGAGGGGAAGACAGCGCUCUGGGAGGAAAGUGGCAGGAGUGGAGCUUGCCUGAAUGGGAAGGCUACGCUGAGGAGGGGUGUUGCAGCUAGACCCCGAGAAGGGUCAUCGCACUAGGGAACAGAGCUCGGGGAGGGGCAAAGAAUGAGGACUACCUGAGGCACCAAGCCCAGUGUCCUUAUGCUUUGUGGAAACAGACUGGGGAAGGCAAUCCUCAAAGAUCCCAGAAUUAUUUGAACAAUGUCCGCUUGCAAGAACAGUACUCAUUUGGCUAGAGAGAGGAAGGCAUGUUUGUUUAAAAUAAAACAAAAAAUGUUUUAAUUCUGUGUCCCCUGUUCUGAGGGCCUAUAAUUUCAGAGUAGCACGUGCUGUGUUGU